AUGUUGCCGUUAAGCAAAAUUCAGCUCGUGCUUUGCGCCGUGAUUCUUAUUCUACCGGCACUUCAAAGUGGGGCGUUUUUGUCUGCUACUGAAGGUCAGAUCGACUGCGUACAGCUUAUCAUUAAAAACGGAAUGACAGAAUGCACACGCGAAGGAUUUGAUGAUUUUGAAAGUUAUGACCGUCACACAUGCGAGCUGAAAUGCGGUGAAGAAGGUAAAAAUAGGUUGCCGUUGCCAGAUGGGGUUUGCUCCGGUGGUAAAGUUCACUGCACUGAAAAAGUGAAAGACAUCCUCUAUCAAUGGGAUGCGGAUGUGGAGGAUAGAAAAAACAAAAUUAAAAGAAAAUGGUGCACUGCUUCUGAAAGGAAGUAACUUUGGUUACGAUGAGUGCGAUAAAUAAAGAA